AUGCCGGAAACCCGAAAACUUUGCAUCCCCGUCUGAAAUCCAUUGGGACAGAUUUUUUCAUUAAAUGACGUUGUUAUACGUAUAGCGGUAAACAAUGUUUUGAGAACGCUACGGUGAUUUAAUAUGUGUUAUAUAUUUGAUCUGACUGUCAUUAAUAGACUUAAAAUUUCAGGCGAUUUACAAUCUCUCCAUAAAUCCCUUGGGUGGAUUUGUUACCCAUGAAUCCGGAGAUGAUUUGGAGGCUAAUCGCCCUCCGGGCAUACUCAAAAAACCUCAGGAUCAGCAGAGUUUGCAAGAAGCCAGCUACAAGAAGAGUGGGGAGUACCCGAUUCCAUUAGCUCUAACCAUCCUGGCCCUAUGGAUCGCUUUAUCAGCAGCCAUGUUUUGUUUAUGGGAACAUGAUUGGGGAUAUCUGACAUCCGUUUACUUCUUCUUUGUAUCCAUCAGGUAACAAAUGAUUAAAAUAAUUUUUUAAAUAUUUUUUCAGUACUGUUGGAUUGGGAGACGUGGUGCCCACAAAGCCGGAUAUGAUGCUGGUUAACUUCUUCCUCAUCUUAAUCGGGUUGGCCCUACUUUCUAUGUGUAUUAAUCUGAUACAAGAUUAUAUUGAGAAAUUGAUAGAACAAAUAUUGGAACAAUAUAUAGAGGAGAUAGAGAAGAUGGCUCAGAUUGUGACAAAUACGGAUGACCUGCAACAGGAAGAAGCGAAACCUUUUGAAGUUGGAAUGACUGGUAAGGCGGGCAUGAAGUCCUACGUCUCAUUUUAGACAUGUUAACGGUACCUUUAACGACAAUGACAGAACAUCCAUACCAGAAUACAUUAGUCAGAUCAGCUAAGGAUUGGGUUGCUGAGAAGAUCGUGGGGAAUGUGUUGAUGAAUAGAUUAGACCCCCACCACAGUUCGUCUGAAUCCUCGGAAGAUGAAUUGGAUGAUGAAACAAGGAAAAAUAGUGCUUCUACACAACAAACCAAAGAUGGUAAGCAAAUCCACAAUAGUAUUCACCAAUCUCUUCCAGAUACAAUAUCUCGAGCUUCCGUGAAGUCUCAUAAAAAAGCAAAAACGCGGGCAUUACAACGACAUGCCUUAUUUGGUUAUAACCUGCCCACAUUACGAGCAAUUCAAGCAAUUGAGACUGUUAAAAUGAGAACUGAUAUUCAUGGGGACUUCAAGUAUGUUUCAUUUGUCAUCAUUUUUCUCUAACUUUAUUUAGGUCCCGAAUGUUUGCCAAGUUUGCAACGAACAGUCGAUGGAACAAGAUUGUGGACACUCAACCACCUCCACCACCGACAAAGAUGGUCAGCUUUAGCGUUCAGACAUCACCGAUACAAGGCAGGGAUCGACGACGAAUUAAUAAGACCGAUUAUGGAGUGGGGUUGGGUGAGAGCUCCCGUUUUAAUCGAAUAUUUAUUUAGGAUCAAUGGAUUCCUUCUCCUCGAGUUCUCGGAGAAACGGACCCGAUUCAUCGACCAGAUCUUUCGACAUUGACUCUUUAUGCUCCUCUGCCUACAAUGACGUUGUCUUCGGACCUUACACAACCGACUCGAUACCUCAGUUCCCAACUGAUAAGAAGAAUUCGCUGACAUCCCCCAGCUCUCCCGGAUCUCCAAUCACCCCAACCAUCCUUCUGAAUCGUUCCUCAAACUCUCCAAUCGGGUGUUCAGAUAUUGCCAUUAAACUUCCUCAUCGACGAUACUCAACUUCCAAUUGUUUGGACUGCCCAUCAGGUGGUGCCGCCCCUCACACCCAAAUGCCUUUCCGUCGAUGCCCCAGCUGUUACGAGAAUUUAAACAGAGAUGAAUCAAAGGCAGAAGAGAAAACGAUGAAAAGGAUCCGAGAAUUCUGUGGAAUAAUGCCUGGGGACUUUUUGAAGCAGAGGAGAACAGAAACAAAUGACGAUGGCCUUAAUCAUCGGUCAAACCUCAGGGACUUUAAACGCUCUUCCCAUCUUAGUCCGACGUAG